AUGGACAAGGAAGGAGUACUACAAACUGAUCUUAAAACUAUAACAGCAGUUCUGGUAGAUUUCUAUAUGGAACUAUUGGGGACAAAAGGAGAUCAUAGGAUCAAAGCCUUCAUAAAUUUUUUCCACAGUGGCCACAUACUAACAAUGGCACAACAAUUGGAUUUGGUGAAGCAUUUCAAUAACAAGGAAAUUAAGAAUGCUUCGUUUAGCAUAGGGAGCAACAAAAGUACAUGUCCAGAUGAUUAUAGUAGUGACUUUUUCAAAGCUGUAUGGUGUAUCUCCAAGUUGAUAUGCAAAAGGUUGAGGAAAGCAAUUACUCCUCUAGUUGCAGAAAAUCAAGCAGCAUUUGCGGAAGGGAGAUCACAAGUGCACAAUAUUCUCAUAUGUCAUGAUCUGCUCGGAUACAACAAUAGCAAGACUACACCUAGAUGUUUGAUGAAGAUUGACAUUAGAAAUGCAUCUGACAUGGUUAGUUGGGAAUUCAUUGAGAAACAAUUAUUACACAAAUUAAACAGGAAGUAA